AUGGAUCUUGUGUUUGCGAAAUGUGUUUCGAAAUUCAUGUUGGAUGUUACAAAAGUGAUCUGCGCGGAGUACUUGUAUCGAUACGAUGAUAUGCGUGCUACCGUUCAAAGCCUCGGUGUUCUCUAUCGUGCUUGGAAGAAUCUUUCUCCGUCCAAGAAGCUGACGAACCGUUAUGCGCUGCGGCUUAUCGAGUCUGAGUUGCAAACGCUUACGAUAUACUUUGAUGAGGAGCAUAUCCGUGAUGUGUAUAUGAUGACGCGCGGUAUGUACAUUGAGGGGCAGCUUCCUGACCAAGUUUUGGAACUUCUGGAAGGAGCCAAGUAUGAGAAUGCGAACGUCGAGGUGGAGAGUCUGACACGCACGAUCACUGGGCGCGAUGUUGAGUUUAGGUACUUUAUGGAUCUGCUUGAAGAGUUGCGUGGGACCAGCUUACAUUUGUACCGUGAGGUGCUGCGAGCGACUUUCGUGGAGGAUGGUGGGUGUACUUUGGAUCGACAGAACUUGCCUGAGGGUCAGACGAGUUAUAUCUGCUUUCAGCUGUCACGGAUUUGCGGGAGUGGGUUGGACGAGGACCAUGCUGCGAGGAUCUUCUACUCUCUGCUGAUCAUGAUUGCGAGCACGUACGCGACGGACCUUGUGUAUAUGAUGAGGGAGGAGCAUAAGCUUGCGCGUUGCGAUACGUUGUGUGAGUUGGUGGAUAAUAUCAAGACGAUCUGA